GUCCGAAUCAGACUCUCCGAGCAUUCCGAGUUUCCCUGUGAUCUUGGAAACUGCAUCCCUAGCCCCUAGCUACACUUUUGAGUUUGAUCAACAUUGCGGCGUUUAGCUAUGCGCAGGGAUGCUGCAGUCAUUGGCAACAUUCACUGCGGGGGUCUUUACAGGGCAAAGCCUCAACGCUUGUCAUGCCAACCUCCCGCGAUGCUCUCUUCAAGAGGAGGAGGGCUGUCGUCUUUUUCUCCACGUGCAUGGUGCUCGAGUGCCCACGAGCGAGCCGGGCAUUUGGUCCCAGCGGCCCCAGCUGGUGGUUCGUCUGGCAGACUGCGAGAAGCACACGGAGGGCUGCAAGUCAUGCGUCAAGCAUCAUGAACACCAGAAAGACCAGAACAUUGAAGUUGAAAAGACGAACAGUUUGGUCUCCAUUGGCAUUCAUUGUUACUGCUCCCACCAAGUGUCCUUUGAGAAAUGAGUCCAAUGGUUUCUCAUCGAUUUGAAAAAGAACACGUGGAUCUCGAAUAUGAAGAUAUAUGCUAUAUGCUCAAUUGAUGUCCCGCACGCCGACGGGCUCUCAGGAGCCAGCCGUUUUCGCCCCGAAAGCGGGCGAAGCGCACUGCAACUGGCACUUUGGUGAUACCUUGACGUUCGUGCUGCGUGCACGUGACCUCAUGGGUGCUGGUCUACAUGUGCAUUUGCAGGGGAAAAGGGACUUCCGCUUCGGACUCUUCCAGGUGGAUUUAUCUCAAUCGUCUGACCUUGGAGAUGGUUUGCUGGACUUGCGGCAACUCCUCCACCGUUGCCAAGCUAGCAACGAUGCGCGCUGGGAGUCGCCAAUCGUUGAGAUCCCAUUGCUUCACUUCCGUGCAGCCACCGCCCAAGAGGCAGCUCCUAGCGUUUUUGUGCAAGUGAGCCUGAACGGCGACCCCAACGCCUUGCUGAAGCAAGUUGAGAUGGCAGAGAAACCUGUGGUGGAACGGAUGGUGUAUCCUUGUGUUCAAUGUGUUACCUCGGAGGAAGCUUCCGGCACAGAGCCCGAAAGCGAAGAGCCACCUGAGGCAGACUAUCGUACCUGUGAGGUCCCCAGCCUCCGAGCUCAAACUCAGGACAUCGCAUUUCCAGCUCAAAGCCUUGCUCCAGGCUACCAAUGUGGGUACCGUGGACCCUGGGAGCUGCACACCAUCCCUGGAGGUACUUCACUUCCGCUCACCAGGUUGCCACAACCAAGACCUUCCCAGGCCUUUGCACCUCCCGCGCACAACUCGCACCGGUGGAAAAUCGCUG